AUGCGCGUCCGGACUCUCGAGAUCCGCUGGCACGACGGCAAGCCGAUUGCGAGCUGUGACUUUCAACCCAUAGGCUACAAGAAGGCGCGGCCCGCGCAGACUGACCUGCGAGCGUUCGCGCGGCAGUCGUAUCGAUUGGCGACUGCCGGAGAGGACAACCAUGUGCGGCUGUGGAUGGUGCACCCGAACAUGAUGCCGACCGCGCUCGCGGAGAGCGCGUCGGGCGCGGGCGAGGCUCCCGCCCAGCCACGGCCGCCACGGGUCGAAUAUCUCGCCACACUUUCCAGACACACCGCGGCGGUGAAUGUCGUGCGCUUCAGCCCGAACGGCGAACUGAUCGCGUCAGCCGGCGACGAUGGCAUGAUCAUUAUCUGGCACGCGUCCACCGCUCCCAACCAGGCGGCCUACGGCAGUGAUGCCGAAGAGGUCCAGUUCGAGAAGGAGUACUGGAGACCCCGCACGACGUUCAAAUGCACCACAAUGCAGGUCUACGAUCUUGCAUGGAGUCCCUCGGGAGAGUACAUCCUGACCGGGAGCACGGAUAACGUCGCUCGCGUGUUUUCUGUAGACGGCAAAUGCAUGACCGAAAUAGCCGAGCACCAUCAUUAUGUGCAGGGCGUAGCUUGGGAUCCGCUGAACGAGUACAUCGCUACCCAGUCCAGCGAUCGCUCGAUGCACGUCCAUUCAAUCUCGCACAAGCACGGCGCCCUUGAGGUACACGCCGUAGGCAAGAAUGCUCGCAUGACCCACCAGCAUCAACCCUCGCACUCACGGACACCAUCUCGACCCCGCAUCUAUCGCCGCGAGUCGACCGCCAGUGACACAGAGUCUGUCAUCACAUCGAUCUCGGAGCAGCCUCACCGAGAGCGAGAGGAUUCGACCAACACGCAUCCUGCUCUGAUCACGCCGGCACCUUCCGUCGCGACCCCAACACCUUCUGUUGCCAGCACGCCUUCGCAGGCCAUGUUUCCACCUCCUCCGAUCGACAGGCCGUCUUCGAGACGAUCAUCAUUCAGCGGGUCCAAUGCGCCGAGUUCGCCGGCGCUGUAUGCGAGCUCGAGAUACGCGCGCUCGCCGUCGCCUGCGCCGGCUUUGCCCGCCAUCCGCGCGUCGCCGCAGACGUGGACAUCGCGAUUGUACGGCGACGAGAGCUUCACGAAUUUCUUCCGGCGCCUAUCUUUCAGCCCAGACGGCGCGCUUCUUCUGACGCCGGCCGGGCAGUCAGAAGAUCCUGCUGUGCCGCCCUCGACGUCACGUCAGAAAGAAGAGAACGGCCGUGGGCGGAAGGGUUCAUCGGCUCUGCACCCGUCCGAGCCCAGUAGCUUCGCGUCGAGCUCUUCAGUGCUCAUCUACUCGCGUGCUAGCUUUGCUCGUUCACCGGUGGCGCAGCUCCCUGGUCACAAGAAGGCUAGCAUUGCCGUCAAGUUCUCACCAAUCCUGUAUGAAUUGAGGCAGGGCGUUUCGAGUGGUGACUUGCAAGUUGAGACGAAGCAUGUUGCGGUCGAGAGGGGACGCGAGGAGACCGUAUCUGUGGAUAUCGGCGCCUCGUCGAGCAGGGGCACGGGCACGGGCACUUCGACUCCAGCGCUGCUCGACAUCACGCCCAUCUCGUCGCCGACGAAACAUACGGUCUUAGCGCCGCUUGCCAUGCCAGCGCCUGUUCUAGCGCAGAUACCAUCUGCACUCACACUUCCUUCGCCCGCGCUCUCGGCUAGUGAUUCGAUGUCACUGCGCGCAUUCAGCCCCGUGCCAACGAUCUCGAAGCCGCCUACACCGGCGCCGUCGACGGGUGCGCUGAGCGCCACGACGAAUACGAGCUCGGUAUUUGCGCUGCCAUAUCGCAUGCUUUUCGCGGUCGCGACCAUGGACACGAUCGCCAUUCACGAUACACAACAGGCCGGCCCGAUGUGUAUCCUGACGAAGCUGCACUACGACGAGUUCACUGAUAUGUCGUGGUCCCCCGAUGUAUUCGACGAUAUCAUCCCGGCACAUCAUACGCAACAGCCGGCUCUGCAGUUCCAGGCCGUGGCACACGCGCAUUCGUUGCCCGUCACAACAUCGACGACAGCGAUGACGCCCGCCGGGACGCCCUCCGUCACCAGCGUCGGUCUUCCUUCCGUCUCGCCUGCGCUGGUACCGCCGGCCACUUCACAGCCGCCGUCGGCUUCGCCGGCCGUUGUACCCGCGAAGCGCGCGAACGACCCGCCGCUGACGCCCGCGAGCUCCGUAGGCGGCGAUAUCGCAUCUGCCGCGUCCGUGAGCAUGUCUACGAUUACGGAGGCCGCUUCGACGGAUACGGUUAGCGAGCCACCGAAGAAGAAGCGGAGGGUGGCGCUGACGAAGGUGGGCGAGGUCGGGCAAUGA